UGUGUGUGUGUGUUGUACCUGCGUAUCUCAGGUAUGGUGUGGUUAGUGUAUCUGGGCAUCUCUGGAGUGUAUGUGGUGGGUCAGAAUGUCUCAGGUGUACCUGAGUGGGUGUGUACAAGGGUGCACCUCAGGUCUAAAAGGUGGUGAAUCUGGGUGGCCUAGGGGUAUGGGCACUGUGCCAUAAUAGCUCAAAGUGAGCAGGGCCACACACCUGAAGUCUGUGCAGUGCUGAAAUCUUAGGUGUGAGGAACAUCCUUCCCGGGGUUUGUGUGUGUGCGGGGCAGGAAUCCUGGUUGGUUCUGAUGUCCCUCCCUCUGUACCUGAGUAUUUCUGAGGGGUUGAGGCUGGAGCAGGCAACCAUGUCUCUGGUUCCUGAGUGUCUCAGGUGCCCACCCUGGGCCAUGUGUCUGGGGGACAGGGCACCACAGGGGUUCCUCCUCCAGACAUGCUCCCCGAGGCGGGCUCCCUGUGGCUGCUUCGGCUGCUCCAGGACAUCCAGCUGGCCCAGUUUUACCGACCCAUCCUUGAGGAGCUUAAUGUUACUCGGCCAGAGCACUUCGACUUUGUAAGACCUGAGGAUCUGGACGGCGUUGGCAUGGGCCGGCCUGCCCAGCGUAGACUGGCUGAAGCUCUGAAGAGGCAUCGUUCGGGGCUCAAGUCUAAGAACUGGGUCUACAAGAUCCUUGGGGGCUUUGCCCCAGGGCAGAAGGAGACCACCCCACCCUCAGACAGCCUUCCAUCCCUCCCUGAGCCAGAUGGGGGACUCAAGUGUCUGAUCCCAGACCGGGCUGUGUGCAGAGGGGAGCUUCUGGGCUCCGGCUGCUUUGGUGUGGUGCACCGAGGGCUGUGGACACUGCCCGGUGGCAAGGCUGUCCCAGUGGCUGUCAAGUCCCUCCGGGUGGGUCCCGAGGGCCCCGAGGGCACUGAGCUAGGGGACUUCCUGCGAGAGGUAUCCAUCAUGAUGAACUUGGAACACCCACACGUGCUGCAUCUGCACGGCCUCGUACUGGGCCAGCCUCUGCAGAUGGUGAGCAGACCCAGACGCCGGCUCCCGGGACAGUCCCGGGGGCCGAUGUGCGACAGGAGGGUGAGCGCCAGGGUCUCGUGGGGCCGGACCACCUCUCGCACGGCUGUGCUCCCGCAGGUGAUGGAGCUGGCGCCCCUGGGCUCCCUGCACGCACGCCUGACCGCCCCGGCCCCCACGCCCCCGCUGCCCGUGGCCUUGCUCUGCCUCUUCCUGCGGCAGGUGGCGGGGGCCAUGGCGUACCUGGGGGCCCGCGGGCUGGUGCACCGGGACCUCGCUACGCGCAACUUGCUGCUGGCUUCACCGCGCACAAUCAAGGUGGCUGACUUCGGGCUGGUGCGGUCGCUGGGCGGCGCCCGGGGCCACUACGUCAUGGGCGGACCCCGCCGCAUCCCCUUCGCCUGGUGUGCGCCGGAGAGCCUGCGCCACGGGGCCUUCUCUUCUGCCUCGGACGUGUGGAUGUUUGGGGUGACGCUGUGGGAGAUGUUCUCCGGGGGCGAGGAGCCCUGGGCCGGGGUCCCGCCGUACCUCAUCCUGCAGCGGCUGGAGAAGGACCGAGCCCGCCUGCGUAGGCCUCCGCUCUGCUCCAGGGCCCUCUACGCCCUCGCCUUGCGCUGCUGGGCCCCCCACCCUGCCGACCGGCCCACCUUUUCCUACCUAGAAGGGCUACUCCAAGAGGCCUGGCCUCCUGAGGGACGUUGUGUGAGGGAUGUCACAGAGCCCGGUGUCCUGAGGAUGGAGCCUGGUGACCCCAUCACUGUCAUCGAGGGCAGCCCCGACUCCACAACCUGGAAGGGCCAGAAUGGUCGUACGUUCAAAGUGGGCAACUUCCCAGCCUCGGCAGUGGCGCUGGUAGACUCACCAGCCACCCGUCUGGUCCUCAGAGGCUCCCCUGCCCGGGGAGAGCGACACCAGGGAAACAUAGAUGGGGACAGAGUAAAGGUAAAGCCUCGGGAUCCGCCUCCAGCUCGGGGCCAGAGAAGGAAUGUGGCCCUGCAGAGGAUGAGAGGCAUUUCCAAGAGUCUGGAGUCGGUUCUGUCCCUGGGCCCCCGCCCCACAGGAGGUGGGUCGAGCUCCCCCGAACUUCGACAUGCCAGAACCGUGCCCCCCCGCUCCCCCGUAGCCACCAGCUCCUCUUCCCAGCCCAGCCAGCCUCCCAGGGAGCGGCCUCCCUGGCCCAAAAGAGAACCCCUACACAGUCACCCUGUGGGAGCUCCUGGAGCCAGCAAAGCCACCGUCCCCUCUGGGGGACCCUUGCCUGACCCCGAGUUGCAGAGGAGGAUUAUGGAGGUGGAGCUGAGCGUGCAUGGAGUCACCCACCAGGAGUGCCAGGAGGCUCUAAGAGCCACCGGGGGUGACGUGGUUUCUGCCAUCCGGAACCUCAAGGUGGACCAGCUCUUCUACCUCAGCAGCUGGUCCAGAGCGGACUGCCGGCGCAUCCUGGAGCGUUACCAGUGGGACCUCUCAGCCGCCAGUCGCUACGUCCUGGCCCGGCCCUGAGCUCUGCUCCUUUGGGCACAGACACCAGAUGAACCAAGGGCCUGGUCACGUGGGAUCAAGCAGAACCGGAACAAGGUCCUGACAGGGUGUGUACCCACCUGGGGAGAGCCUGCCACGGGCAGGUACCGGAGGAGCCCAGGAUCGGGCACUGGUGAGUGUCUCCUCACCCUGCCCGUUGGUCUCGGAGGGCGUGAGCUCCCUUGGCCAUAGGAGGAUCUCGUGCACUUUGCCCACCACAUUCCCAACAAAGGAGGACUUGGAGGAACAGAGCUGCGACACAUCACACCCAUGGGAAGCUUCUAUCGCUACAGAAAAUGAGCAAGAGGCCAUUCUGGGCCACGGGCACAGCCAUCCUGAACUGCCAU